GAGGCAGAUAUAGAAAUUGGAGUGUGCAAAUGAUGAGGGACAGUCUUGCCUCGGUGGUUAGCGCGGGUUCGCAAACCGCCCCGUCGCGAAACGAGUUCGCGUUCGAUUCGAGCUUGAAUUUCCCGAGCAAAGUGUCGCGGACGUGUACAAGCCGCAGGUGAAGAUAUCGCAUCUCUCUCCUCUCUCGUCUCUCCUCUCCUCUCCUUUUCUCUCUCUCUCUCUCUCUCUCUCCGCGUGAUCGUUCCUUAUCGCCGCUCGACGGAGACGAGCAAACGAGGUCUUCGCUCUGCGAUUAUGAUGCGCUACACGGAAGUCGAGGCUGAGCGGAUGGCGGAGCGGUCUUACGCGCAGCAGCUCAACAUGUCGGCGAACAACGGCGAGCAACAAUCAUCGCAAGCUAUCGGUCCGCCAGCGACGGCGAGCGCGGCGACGCAGACGAUGGAGCUGCAGGAGAACGUGCCGGUCAUUUACACGAACGCCACCGUCAUCACGAGGCAGCCUGGACAGCCGGGAGAAAGCGAGAAUCGAUUCGCCCGUAGACCAAUUCCCAUCAACACUCCAGACUGGAUCUCGCAACCCGCGAGGUCGCAUUUGAACCCGAUCUCCGGCACGCAAUUCCUGCACGGCGUCGAGCAGUUGGAAAUUCAGCAGGUUAUUGAUUUGCCUACUCUAAUCGGCAGAACAGACGGCAGGGGUAUUCAAUAUAGGGUGAAAGUGCCACACGCGGAAGCACUGUUUCUCGCCACGGAAUCCAAGUCGGAAACGGAAUCGCGAUUGUGCGGCUGGUAUAAAGGAUUCGUGCUGAACGUGCAGGAUCAAUGUGGCGAAACCGCAUUCAUUAUCCGGAAGGAUCCCAGUUUGUUGCACAUGUCGCGACAGAAAAUUACAGUGGAGAGCGCGAAUUUCAUCGGCAGCGUGGAGGGAAACUUCAGCCUGUGGCCGAGCUUCACCGUGUACAACGAAAUCCAUGAGCCGCUCUGCAACAUAUACGGGCCCAAGGCUUGUGGCUGUUGCAUGUACAAGGAAGCGCUGUUCCAAGUCAUAUCGUUAGACGGAUCACGCCAAAUCGCAUCGCUGAUGCAUCAGUGGGAUCACUUAGCUGUCGAGUACACCCUGCUACUCACAUUCCCGAUGGAGAUGGACGUGAGAUUGAAAAGCCUGCUCCUCGGCGCGUCAUUCUUAAUAGAAUAUCUGUACUUUGAACGGAUGAGAAGAGCGUCCAGGAGCUAGACACCAAUUAUAAACAAUCGGCAACGCUUCUAAAAUUAUUGCCUUCUAAAUUAUACCUACCUCAAUUUACUCCGUUGAUGGAGCGCAAACUGUAGAUUUUAGAAAACCGAUAACAUUUUUAAGAAAUAUAAUUUAUGCAACCUUA